AUGGAAAGGCAAAUGUGGCGCCUCAAAGGCCAAGGGGGUCCCUCUUGGCCGGUGAGCCCGGACAUGUUCGAGAGCAAUGAUUAUCUGAGCGUCGACCUGGAGCAUCCUAGAAAGGCAGCAUUAGUACGAGUCUUCGUCGAGGAUGACCUAGCCAGCACUGGAACUGCGUUCAAGUUCGCCUGUGUGGGUUUUCGAGACUCAGCCGCUGCUAAGAAUGCCUACGAAUACAACGGCCGCAUGAUGCAGGAAGGCGGAGAUGAUAUCGUUGCAAGCAUGACGAAAAGAUGA